CCCUCUCCCCCCAGCUGCCUGUUAACCCCUCUCCCCCCCCCCUCUCCCCCCAGCUGCCUGUUAACCCCUCUCCCC